AUUGAAAAUAUGGAGUCUAAUGAUCAACAAUCUAAUAGUUGUAAUGAUGUCAAAAGUUUGGACAAUUUGGAUAUAGAUUUUCAUGAAACUAUAAGAGGUCAGACACCAGAAGAUAUUAAGGAACAGUGUUUACAGGUAUGUCAGGACUAUAUUGCCGGUGAUUGGAUCAAACAGACAGUCGAAACCAUUGAAGUGACUCGAAUUACCGGCGGUGUAACCAAUCAAUUAUAUAAAUGUGCUAUUAAUGAAUCAGAUGCCAACCCAACGGUUCCCAAUGUUGUGGCCGUACGUAUAUAUGGUAGCAAAUGGUCAAAAAGUAAUGUCUAUGACGGCAAUGAAAGACUCAGUGAUAUAAUCAUAUCGAUGAUGGUUUCGGAAAGAAAAUUGGGACCAAAAUUAUUAGGUGUUUUCAAUGGCGGAGAAAUCAGUGUUUUUCAUAACCACCGACAGUUUAAACUUGAAGAACAAAAAAAUGCAAAACUUGUUGAAGAAUUGUUCCGAAAGAUCGCCCGAAUUCAUGCCAUGGAUGUACCGCUUAUAAAGAAACACUGGGUUUUUGAUGAAAUUGAUGGCAACUAUCAAAAAGUUAUGAAUCAAUCGUCUAUUCCUCAACUUAUUGAUCAAUUAAAUUGCGAAACACUUAAGACUGUCGAUAUCAGUGAUGAAAUAAAUUGGCUCAAAGAGAAAGUCAUUGAAAUUGGAAGUCCUAUGGUUUUCUCACACAAUGAUCUGCUUAGUAGUAAUAUAAUGGUAUUGGAGGACAACGAUAAUCAUAACAGUGAAGAACAGAUACUGAUUUGUGACUAUGAAUAUGGCUGUUAUGGGUAUAGGGGUAGCGAUUUGGGAUCAAUUAUUAGUGAAUGGGGUCGACUAUGGAGUGAUUUUAAAGUAGAUCACAAUCUUAUUGAUGACUCUAUCAUUAAUCAAUUACUUGGCUAUUAUAUCGAUGAAAAUAUCAAAAUUUUUGGUAUAAAUUAUUCAGAAAAUCCUAUCAAUUCAAUGAAUCAAUUGGUCAAAGAAGUCAAACUAUUUGUAUUGAUUGGCAAAAUAUGUUUGAUAUUGUUUUGCUUGAGAAUAGAUGAACAUUCAGAUGAUAUGCCAAAUGAAACAGUAUUUCUGCAAUUAGCGGAACGUACGUACAAAAAUUAUUUGCGAUUAAAGACAACAAUUGAUUUAUAA